UUAAAACACUGGAGAGUACUUUCAUCUAUAACAAUAACACACCGCAUAAAUAAACAUAUAGCUCGAUUCCAGGGAAACACCGAGGAGAAUUAGCGAUUAGCCAUUGGAGAUAACAAUUCGAAUUCGGCAAUAUUCAUAAUCAGACAGAGCUUGCAGUAGUAAUUCGAAUUUAGUCUGGAAAUGGCGUCAUUAUUCGUGUGGAUUUUAUUGAGCGUAUUGUAUCUUAGCCACCCAGGACAUUCAAAUUUUCUGGACGACUCCUGUGGAACCUCGUUACUUGUACCUAAAAUAUAUCGUGGUAAAAACGCAAAACCUCAAGCUACUAGAUGGAUGGCAUCCGUUUUUUAUUCAACACAAUUCGUGUGCGGCGGCACUUUGAUCCACAAGAGUUUUGUUUUAACUGCAGCUCAUUGCGUUGAACACGAAGGCGACCUAUUCGUGAAACUUGGUGCAUAUAACAAAGCUCUGGGGACCCAUAAGAUCCGUGUGAGCGACGCGAUAAGGCACCGAGAAUACAGAAAUAUGGAUUACCGCAAUGAUAUAGCACUGCUUAAGCUGGAACCCAGUGUGACUUUCAAUGAAAACAUAAGACCAAUAUGCAUUUAUUUGGACCAGGGAUGGGGGAAACAAAUUUGGAAGUUUCAUGCCUAUGGUUGGGGUCAAACAUCUGAGGCCACGGAGAGCGAUAUACUUCAAACUAUCACUCUUUAUCGAUCAGAUCCAGAAGAGUGCAAAUGGCUCUUGGGGCUGAAUCCCAAGGAGACACAGAUAUGUGCAAGAAGUUCAAAUAAUGGAGACACUUGUGGGGGCGAUUCGGGUGGUCCGUUGACCAGUUUACUGACUGAUGGAAUGCAUAAUUUCGAAACGCAAUUCGGAAUCAUCAGUCUUGGUACAAAACAUUGCAAAGGAUUGGGAAUAUAUACCGAUGUAUCGGACUAUGUUGAUUGGAUUGCGAGAGCGGUAACUACCACCCUUGAUAUGUGGUUGUACAAGGAUUGUGCCGGCUAUAACCUAGAAUCGAUCCUACGAGCAACCAUUUAUAUAGGCUAUCGCCAGACAGGGGGCGUAUUGAUUGCAAACCGAUAUGUCAUGACAAAUGCCGGAACCUUACCAAGUAAUCCCUACUUUUUACUUGUCGUUGUGAUGAAUACACGGUACAGAGUUCAAGACAUUUAUACGUCCAAAAGUGGUAUAGCAUUGCUAAAACUACAGCACCAGGUGAUGCCCAUAGAUGGAAUGAAACCGAUCUGUAUGUUCGGGACCAAUUACCUUCAGCAGCACGACCAACUUGGUAGUUAUUAUAUAUUUGGCAGUACAGAAUAUGGUUACCAAUAUUACUAUGAUGUUGAAACUGUAGACACCAAAAAAUGUGCAAAUCAUGUGCAAAAAAUAAUUGAGCCGAAUCAAUUUUGCGUCAGAUCUAAUCACUGGCAGUCACUUGUGAAACCUGGAGAUAUAUUGGCAGAAAAGAAGAUAUACUAUGUUCUGUUAGGUAUUGUCACUUAUUCAGCAAAUGGCUUGUACGUUAUAGAGAACGCUAGAACACAUACGGAGUCGAUUGCAAAAAUAAUUAUUUAGUCAUGGCAUUAUUACUAAAUUAUUAUUACUUAGAAGUAUUUUUUAAUAGUUUUUUAUAUGCUUUGGUCCUUUGCGUUUAAAGAAAUUGUAAACAUAUUUUAACAAUGAUACGUUUUCAUAUUUUUUCAAUUUGUGAUACAUUUUUUGAUUUUUACCCUUCUAUGGCUUGCAUAAAACAUUUUCGAAAGCAUUACGUUUAUAUUUUUGAGAAUGGGUUUUUUUUAAAACUAACUGUUUCAUGAUAUCAGUGCUAAAACAAUAAUGUUAAUAAAUCAACAAUAAAAAAGUAAUU